AGGAAGUCCGAUACACAGGCUGCAUGUGAAAUGUCUCCUUAACUUUUCAAUAGAGCUGGACGACUGCAAGGUCUCCUGUAGAAAUGAAUGGGGACAUGACCAGCCAAGCCAGAUAUGUGUCAACCUACAAGAUGCACUUUAAGACACCGGGUGCAACUCCUGGAAAAAACUACAAAAGUGGGAUUAAAACAACUGUGAAGUCCAGCAAUGCCACAAAUUCAGGGAGCUCUGGUGUGGGAUGUCCAGAGGCUCCGGUGUUUGUGCGCCCCCUACAGGACGUAUGUGUGGACGAGGGCACAGACUUCACCCUGAGGGGGACCAUCCGAGGGAGCCAGCCAGUCACAGUGUCAUGGAUGCACAACGGGAACGUGGCUCGGUUCGGUCAGUCUUCGGUGGAGGGAGGGGAGGUGAUGUUCGUGGUGAGGGAGAGUUUACCUGAAGAUGCCGGAGCCUACACCUGUUUAGUGGAGAACAGCUCGGGGAAGACCUCCUCGUCCGCCGCUGUGUUCAUCAGAGACUUUGAAACCAUCUGCAGCAUCAAAAAACAAGCCUCGAUCUCUCUCACUUCUCCGACCAAUUGCAUCAUGGGAAAUGGAGUCUCCCCGUUUUCUCCUACAGAUGAGGUCUUUAAGUCGAGUUCCUCCGUCUCUUCCAGCGGGUCUCACACACCAAGUCCAGUCACAUCUCCGAGAGGAGUCAUCCCAAAGAAGAGAGCCAACUCCGGCACAGUGGUGCUGCUGCGAUUUGAAAAUCCUCCACAGCAUCUGGAGGUGAAGGCUGGAGAACAGGCCCGGCUCACGUGCUCCUUCGUGGGGACACCACCCGUCGUAUCGGCCUGGAUCAGGAAUAAAAAGCAGAUCGUGGAGGACUCAGAGCAGUGGCUGGAAAACUCUGAGAGGAGCAGUACCUUGGUGAUUGCAAAGGUCCAGACCCACCACAGCGGAAGAUACACAGUCAUAGUGAAAGACAGACACAGCUCAGCACAGCACACACUCACUCUGUCUGUCAUAGAAAGACCCCAGCCCCCCGCCUCUUGCCCUCUGGUCUCUCUGGUCUCGGGUCGUAUUCCGGUCUUGUCCUGGUCCGGACCCUGUUACGACGGAGGCAGCGUUGUCCUGGGAUACGUGGUCGAGGUGAAGGAGAGAAACAGCGACAACUGGACUGCGAUCAGCCAUAACUGCACCAGCACAUCGUACAGGGUGUCCUCAGGGUUAGAGCCCCAGAAGGAGUACUGUUUUCGGGUAAAGGCCUUCAACACAGUGGGAGUGAGUGAACCAGGACCAGAGUCCACACCUCUAAAGAUGGAAAAGAAAGGCUGCAGAUCUCAGACAGAGGAGGUCCCAGCAGCGUACACCCACGUCACCAUUGACUCCACUCACAAAGUCACAGAUCACUACAUCCUCCAGGAGAAACUGGGAGUCGGUAAGUUUGGACAUGUGUACAAGUUGACGCACAAAGAAAACGGUCGGGUCUGCGCUGGGAAGUUCUACAAAGGUCGGAGGUCAAAGGAGAGAGAGGCCGCACGGAGGGAGAUCGAGCUGAUGAACUUCCUGCAUCAUCCCAAACUGGUGCAGUGUCUUGGGGCGUACGACCACCACCCCGAGAUGGUCAUGGUCAUGGAGUUUAUCGCGGGGGGAGAGCUGUUUGAGCGAAUCGUGGAUGACAGUUUCGAGCACACGGAGAUGACGAGCGCUCGCUACAUGAGGCAGAUCCUGGAGGGCAUGGCCUUCAUGCACCAGCAAAACAUCCUGCACCUGGACCUGAAGCCCGAGAACAUCGUGUGUGUGGACCCCAGUGGGACCGAAAUCAAGAUAAUCGACUUUGGGUUAGCUUGUCGCCUGGAUGACAGUGGCUCUCUCAAAGUGAUGCAGGGGACCCCAGAGUUUGUCGCUCCUGAAGUCAUCAACUAUGAACCAGUGAGUCCAGCCACUGAUCUGUGGAGCAUCGGAGUCAUCUGCUACAUACUUCUGAGUGGAGAGUCCCCGUUCCAGGGAAACAGUGACGCAGAGACACUGGCUCUGGUCACAGCCGCUCACUACGAGUUUGAUGAAGAGAGUUUUGAAGACAUCUCAGAAGAAGCAAAGAACUUCAUCAGCUCCCUGCUCAACAAGGACCCCAGGCGCAGGCUGACAUGUGCAGAGGCGCUUGCUCACCACUGGAUGGCAGCAUUUGACUCUGAAGACUCAGCGUCCGUCAAGAGUCUGUCCAAAGAGAAGAUGAAGAAGUUCUUAGCCCGACAGAAAUGGAAGAAAGCUGGUAAAGCCAUGCUGGCCCUGAAGAGGAUGGCUCUGCUUUCAAGAGGGGACAGUACAGUGUCCAGCAGCUCCGCAGACGGCCCUCCCCUCUCCCCUGAGGCGGAGCAUGCCCUGCAGUCGCUGGAGAAGAAGAUGCAGGGCCCCCCUCGAUUCACAGUGCUGCCCCAGGAUCAGACCUCCUCCCUGGGCUCCAGUGCUCGCCUGUCCUGCCACCUCACAGGUUACCCAGACCCAGAGGUGGUCUGGCUGCGAGGGGACGAUCCUGUUGUUGAAUCUUCGUCCGUGGAGAUCGAGUACGAAGAAGAUGGCCGCUGUACCCUCGUUCUGUCUAAUGUCUCCUCUGAAGACGCCAACGUGUACACCUGCAAAGCCACCAAUGACCACGGGGAGGCAGUGUGCUCCGCCAGACUCUUUGUUAAGAAGCAAUGAAAGAAAAGAUGUUUACAUGUCGAGAAAUGUUAAAGGGCCCGUAUCACGCUAUUUUCUGAUCUAUGUUAUAAUGUUGUUUCCUCAUCACAAACAUACCCGAACAUGUGUUUUGUGUUUUACUUAACACAUAAAGAGUUCUUCUCAUAAACUGAAAACACUCUGUUCCACCUUGUGAUGUCAUGUGCUAAUAUGGGAAGUGCUCCAGUGUGUUUUUAAACUCCAUGCAUUUUCACUAGAAUCGUUUGGAUAAUAUCAGCUCUGGAAUUUCCAAUCUCUAUUGAACUAAAGUUAAAAGGUAGCUGUUUAUAUGAAAACUACCACUACAUGACAUCGCAAGGUGUAACAGGGCAUUUUGAGCUUUGGAGAUGUAGACAGACUAAUAAUACAGAGUUACUCAAACAUGUGAAUGAAACAAAACACAACUCCAGGUCUGUUUUGAUGAGGUAACAACAAAUUAACAUGGCUUUAAACUCACAAGAGUCAAUUUUGCAUAAUAUAGGAUUUUUAAAUACAUAUUUGUAGAGAUAUUUAAUUGAAUGAAUUAAAACUAAAUAUUUAGUAAUAUUUUAAAAGCUGUAUAAAAGUGAAUAUUGUUACAGAAACUCAAAUGGUAAUAAUAAUAUUAAAGCACUAGCCAAGAGUUUGUUUUCAUAGCUGACAGUUUCGACUGCUCACUAGCGCUCUUCGUCAGAGCGGUAGCGUGUUGCUGCUGUGACGUGUCCGGUCAGCUGAUUUAUACAGGUUUUGGCACUGUCUUCCUACCGGUGGAAGCAGGACGACAGCGCCAUCUGCAGUCCACCUUACUCAGAAUGGUAUUCCAGGUAUGUCAGAGUAAAAAAGCCCCCU